GGAAUAUGAUGCCACAAAACUGGAACAAUGUCUGGAGAAUCAGUGAAAUUGCUUGGGUACUGGGCAAGUCCUUUUGCUCUCAGAGUAAAAUGGGCUUUGAAACUCAAAGAGAUUGAGUACCAGUAUGUUGAAGAGGACCUCCCAAACAAGAGCCCCUUGCUCCUCCGUUACAACCCCGUCCACAAAAAAGUACCCGUUCUUGUGCACGACGGCAAGCCGGUCGCGGAAUCGCUCAUUAUACUCGAAUACAUCGAUGAGACGUGGAAGCACAAUCCGAUCCUGCCGCAAGAUCCCUACGAAAGGGCACAGGCACGCUUCUGGGCCAGAUUCAUCGAUGAAAAGUGUGUGCCGGCAAUUAUGAGUGCAUUCACCAACCAAGGGGAGGAGAAAGAGAAGGCGGCAAAAGAAGCGCGAGAGAACCUUAAGACGUUGGAAAGUGCCCUUGCUGGAAAGGACUUCUUCGGAGGAGAAACCGUUGGCUUUGUGGACAUAGCUGCUGGGUGGAUUGGAUUGUGGGCUAGAAUCGUCGAGGAGAUAGCAGACGUAAACCUGAUUGAUACCGAGACCAUGCCUCUGCUCAACGCUUGGUUUGGAAGAGUUCUCGAGGCUCCUGUUCUCAAAGAAUGCGUGCCCCCUCAAGAUAAAUUGCUGGAGCACAACAGAGGGUUUCACAAGAUUUUGACAGCAGCAUCAAGUUGAAGUGUUCGGUGCCAUCUCUCGAUGGUCCCUGCAGAUUGUUAUCAUCAUUUCAUUCACAAAAAUGGUUGUGUGCGAGGAAUAAAAUGAGCAUCAGCUCAAUUCAUGGUAUCAUAAAUCAAUAAAUUGGUAAAAUACAAUUAAAAUGUUUGCAUUUCA